AUGGCGGUAUAUAAAUAUUUUUUCGCCUUCGUGCUUGACUUGUACAAGGAGAGCAAAAGAAAACUGGCUUGGAGUUCUCAGAUGCACAUACUUCAGCUCAUACGGAACAAGUUUCAGAUCUGCUACCACCGCCUGCCGCAGAAGAUAUGUUUACUUGUUCGACUAGAGUCUUACUGCAGAAAAGCUUCUCCGCGGGCAGGUUUGGCAGCGGCGGCGGUGGCCAAGCGAUCUCGGCGACGGCGCGCCCGGGCGCCACGCACAGGUUGUAGGAGUAGGGCAAGGUGCCCUCGCAGAAGUCGGCCGGGAAGGCGGCGCCGGUCCCGGAGAGGCGCUGCGCACCCAGGCAGCGCAGCACGGCGGGCGGGCCGGCACGGCGGCUCCUUGCCAGCACGGCCAGCGCCACACUCAGCAGGAAGAGCGCGGACAGAAGAGCCAGCGCCAGCACGAGGGAGAACUGCAGCUCCGCCGCCGAAUCGGCGCCCGCCGCCCGCUCACUCAGCUCCGGCAGCGCCUCCUGCAAGCUCUCGGCCAGCACCACGUGCAGCGUGGCCGUGGCCGACAGCGCCGGCUGCCCGUGGUCCUUCACCACGGCCACGAGCCGCUGCUUCGCCGCGUCCCUGUCAGACACGGCCCGCGCAGUGCGCACCUCGCCGCUGUGCAACCCCACGCGGAACAGCGCCGGCUCUGAAGCCUGCACGAGCUCGUACGACAGCCAGGCGUUGCGCCCCGCAUCCGCAUCUACUGCCACCACCUUGGCCACCAAGUACCCGGCCUCGGCCGACCGCGGCACCAUCUCGAACGGGACCGGGGCCGUGGCCGAGCCCGUGUCUGUUCCCAAGCCCGCCGCCGGCCACAGCACCCGCGGCGCGUUGUCGUUGCGGUCCAACACGAAGAUGCGCACCGUUGCUGUCGAGCUCCGAGCAGGUUCACCGCCAUCCUGAGCCCGCACCACCACCGCGAACUCGCGGCACUGCUCGUAGUCGAAGGAGCGCUGUGCGUACACAGCGCCGCUCUGAGCCUCCACCGACACGUACGGCGCCGCGCCAGCGCUGCCGCCCUCCAUCGAGUACCUCACGCGCCCGUUGCUGCCCGCGUCUGCGUCCCGCGCCCUCACGUGCAGCACCAGUGCUCCCGCCGCGUUGUUCUCCUCCACGUAGGCGCUAUCGGCGGCCUCCUCGAACACCGGCGCGUUGUCGUUCACGUCCGACACCUCCAGCACCAGCGCCGUGCUGCUCGAGAGCGCCGGGCUGCCCCGGUCCCUCGCCACUACCGUCACCCGGUGCUCGGACGCCUGCUCCCUGUCCAGCGCGCUCGCCGUCACCACCUUGUACGAGCCGCCCGACGACGCCACGAGCGACAGAGGAGCCUCACCCAACAGUUCGCACCACACCUGACCGUUCUCACCAGAGUCCGCAUCCUUCAGCUGCAGCAGGGCCACCACCGUGCCAGCCGGCGAGUCCUCGGGUAUCGGGCUCGACACCGACAGCACCGUGAUUUCGGGCUCGUUGUCGUUCAUGUCCAGUACCUCCACCUCCACGUUGCAGUGAGCCAACAAACCGCCCCCGUCCCUUGCUUCCACCAGAAGCGUGUAGCCACGGGUGUCCUCGAAGUCCAGCGCUUCCUGUAGCGUGAUUU